GCAAAAUUACCCAAAAAAAAGAGUUACAGAAAGAAAGGCUUCAAUCAAAGCUCCUGAAACUCCAACUUCUACAACUCUCGACUUCUCCGCCUCCUCAACUCUUAUACGUCAUCGAUUAAAUCCUCAAUAUUAAGCUUACUCUUCUUUUCAAGAUUGGGUCCGAUUGAAAGAUGAGUGCGUAUAUAGUUGGAGUUCUUGUUCCUCUUGUAGUCACUCUCCUGUUUCGCAACUCGAAACACAAUGCUAAAAAACGUGGAGUUCCAAUUGAUGUUGGUGGCGAGCCUGGUUAUGCGAUAAGGAAUGCUGGGUUUUCUACACCUUUAGAAACAGCAUGGGAAGGUGUCAUUACUAUUGCUCAGCUUUUUGAGUAUGCUUGUAAUAAGCAUAGUGAUAAAUUCUUGCUUGGAACAAGGCAAUUGAUCUCUAAAGAAACUGAAGUUAGUGGAGAUGGAAGGUCUUUUGAGAAACUGCAUUUAGGAGAGUAUGAAUGGUUGACUUAUGCCCAAGUGUUUGAUAAAGUUUCAAACUUUGCUUCUGGGUUAACAUCAAUUGGCCAUCUAAGGAAUGAACGCGUUGCGAUUUUUGCUGAUACUAGAGCUGAAUGGUUUAUUGCAUUGCAGGGUUGCUUUAGGAGGAAUGUUACUGUGGUUACUAUAUAUUCAUCUUUGGGAGAAGAGGCUCUUUGUCACUCAUUAAAUGAAACUGAGGUUUCAACUGUCAUUUGUGGGAAAAACGAACUGAAGAAACUUGCAGACAUCAGCGAACAACUUGACACAGUUAAACGUGUGAUUUGUAUGGAUGAUGAAAUUCCAUCUAGUGCAUCAUCAUUAGAGCAGAGCGGUCGCUGGACAAUCAUCUCACUUUCUAAUGUGGAGAAACUUGGCCAAGAAAAGCCCAUUGAUGCUGAUUUACCUCUACCAAAUGACAUUGCAGUGAUAAUGUACACAAGUGGGAGUACUGGGUUGCCUAAGGGUGUGAUGAUGACACAUGCUAAUGUCCUAGCCGUAGUUUCUUCAGUCAGGAAAAUUGUUCCUGGCCUUGAGAGCAAGGAUGUUUAUCUAGCAUAUCUACCAUUGGCUCAUAUACUUGAAUUAGCUGCUGAGAACAUAGUAGCGGGUGUUGGAAGCGCUAUAGGAUAUGGAACCCCUUUGACACUUACAGAUACAUCAAACAAGAUCAAAAGGGGAACAAAGGGGGAUGCCACUGUCUUGAGGCCGACUGUGAUGGCAGCUGUCCCAGCAAUACUUGAUCGUGUUCGAGAUGGUGUGCGCAAGAAGGUGGAUGCGAAGGGUGGCCUAAGUAAGAAACUGUUUGACUUGGCAUAUGCCCGUCGACUGUCUGCAGUGAAUGGUAGCUGGUUUGGAGCUUGGGGUCUGGAAUUGGUUCUUUGGAACUUCCUUGUGUUUAGAAAGGUUCGGGCAGUUCUGGGAGGUCGGGUUCGCUUUUUGCUCUCCGGAGGUGCUCCACUUUCUGCUGAUACUCAAAGAUUUAUCAACAUUUGCCUUGGGGCUCCAAUCGGCCAAGGCUAUGGUCUUACUGAAACUUGUGCUGGCGGGACAUUUUCUGAGUUUGAUGAUUCAUCAGUUGGUCGAGUUGGAAAUCCACUUCCUUGCACAUAUAUUAAGUUAAUUGAUUGGCCUGAAGGUGGAUAUUUAAUUAGUGAUUCACCAAUGCCUCGCGGAGAAAUAGUUAUUGGUGGUCCUAGUGUCACUGUUGGCUAUUUCAAGAAUGAAGAGAAAACAAGGGAAGUAUAUAAGGUGGAUGAGAGAGGAAUGAGGUGGUUCUACACAGGUGACAUUGGGCGGUUUCAUGCAGAUGGUUGCCUUGAGAUAAUUGACCGAAAAAAGGACAUAGUCAAGCUUCAGCAUGGAGAAUAUGUCUCUUUAGGAAAGGUUGAGGCUGCUCUCAGUGUGUGCCCCUAUGUUGACAACAUGAUGCUUCAUGCCGAUCCAUUUCAUAUGUACUGUGUGGCCCUUGUGGUGGCUGCGCAACCUGCACUUGAAGAAUGGGCUUCAAAACAGGGAAUUGCCUAUGCUAAUUUUGCAGAACUCUGUGAGAAAAAUGAAACAAAAAAGGAAGUACAAGCAUCACUUCUCAAGGAUGCUAAGAAAGCACGGCUGGAGAAGUUUGAGAUACCAGCAAAGAUCAAACUGCUGUCUGAUCCAUGGACUCCUGAAUCCGGUCUUGUCACGGCAGCUCUCAAGCUCAAGAGAGAGGCCGUUAGGAAGGCUUUCUCUUAUGAGCUCUCCAAGUUAUAUCAAUAAGUCCUAACAGAAUAUAUUUUUGUUGUGAUUGUGCAGAAUUUCUAGGACAAGUGGCUCCAUUUCGUUUUUCCUCCUACUUCUCUCUUUUUUGUUUAGUUUGUUCUUAUAUUCCUCUCGUCUCUUGUACCACAAAUUUUGCAGUGUUAAUUACAGAACAAGAUAUGUACUUCUUUCUCUGUGUAUAUCCAGGUCUUAUCGUUGAAUAAAGACUCAAAUAUCAGGUAA